AUGAGGGGUUCAGAUGCCUUGCAGUCGGUCUUGACCGCCGUCCGACCUGAUUCGCUCAACUUACAACCCGUUUCACGUACUCAUAUCCUUCAUCGAGAACCCUUGUGUGGUGAUGCAGAGGGCUGGGGCCCUGUGAGCGAUAUAAGAUGGGAUUUCACACCUUGCUUCCUUGAUGUCUGGAUCAUAGGAGUCGCUGGUUGGGGCGUGCUCUUCGGUGCUGGCGCGCUCUGGUAUCUAUUCUGGAAAAGAACUGCACAAGAGGUCCCUAAAAACUGGCACUUUUAUACUAAAUUAUCACUCAUUGCCGCCAUAAUCGCCACCACCAUCCUCCAAGCUGCACUCCAGAUCGAACAAUUACCGUCGUUAUGGUUCAAAGAUAUCAGGUUCUACACAUCCAUCGCUAUAAUCGCCUCUCUAUUCGUCAUAUUCGCUGUACAGUACCAUGAGCAUUGGCGGUCAAGGAACCCAAAUGGUGUUGUCUUGUUUUACUGGGUGUUUUUCGUUCUGGCAUAUGCCGUGAAACUACGGUCGCUGGUGGCAAGAAAGGCCUACGAGGGUCGCUUACCCUAUUUCGUCACAUUCAAUGUCAGCCUUGCUCUCGCCAUUUUGGAGUUCAUACUCGAAUACUUCAUUCCAAAGAAGCAGAGCGUUUAUGACGCCUUGGGUGCGGACGAUGAAUGUCCUAUUGAAUAUGCCGACAUCUUCUCCAUUCUGACUUUUGCUUGGAUGACACCUUUAAUGAAAUUUGGUUACAGUAAUUAUUUGACUCAAGACGACCUCUGGAAUCUACGCCACAGGGAUUCAACAAAGGUUACAGGACAAUUACUACAAGAGGCUUGGGACCUUGAAUUGGAAAAGAAGAAACCAAACCUAUGGAUUGCUCUCGCACGGUCUUUUGGUGGACCUUACUUGCGAGGAGCCAUGAUCAAAACCCUUAGUGACACAUUGGCUUUUGUCCAGCCACAGCUUCUACGGCUCUUAAUCACAUUUGUCGAUUCAUAUGGGGAAGGACAUGAACGCCAACCAGCCAUACGUGGAGUUGUCAUCGGAUUGGCCAUGUUUGCCACUUCAAUCGCUCAGACGGCCGCCCUCCAUCAGUACUUUCAACGCGCCUUUGAAACAGGUAUGAGGGUUAAAUCAUCAUUAACGGCAAUGAUCUAUUCCAAGUCGUUGAAACUCUCGAAUGAGUCCCGAGCAAAAAAAUCAACAGGCGAUAUCGUGACUUAUAUGAGUGUAGACCAGCAACGACUGGCAGACCUUGCGCAAUGGGGUCAGCAGCUAUGGUCAGCCCCGUUCCAAAUCACCCUGUGCAUGCUCUCGCUCUAUCAAUUGGUUGGUGUCUCGUGCUUUGCAGGUGUUGCUGCAAUGAUUAUCAUGAUUCCAAUCAAUGGGUUCAUCGCCAGGUUUAUGAAGAAGCUCCAGCUUGCUCAAAUGAAGUACAAAGACCGUCGUUCUAGACUCAUGACAGAAAUCCUGAACAACAUGAAGAGCAUUAAACUCUAUGCAUGGGGCUCAGCGUUCAUGGAGAAAUUGAGCCAUGUGCGUAAUGACUUGGAGUUGAACAACCUGCGCAAGAUUGGGGCAGCGCAGUCCUUUGCUACAUUCACCUGGUCUUCGACGCCAUUCUUCGUCUCCUGCUCGACUUUUGCUGUCUUCGUCUUGAUCAAUGAUAAGCCACUUACGACAGAUCUUGUGUUUCCUGCAUUGACGCUGUUCAAUUUGUUGACCUUUCCGCUGACGGUUUUACCCAUGGUUAUAACGAGUAUCAUCGAGGCAACAGUAGCUGUGGGCCGCUUAACCUCGUUCUUCACCGCCGAUGAGCUCCAGGACGACUCUGUUCGACAGAUCGAUGAACCACCGAAGCAGAAUGGAGAAUCAUCUGUCAACAUCAAGGAUGCAACCUUCACUUGGGAUAAGGAACAAGACAAGAACGUUCUACAAAAUAUCAACUUCAAUGCCAACAAAGGAGAACUGACAUGCAUCGUCGGACGUGUCGGUGCAGGCAAAUCAUCGCUACUUCAAUCACUCUUAGGUGAUCUGUGGAAGAUUAAUGGAGAAGUUGUCGUUCGAGGACGCAUAGCAUAUGCUGCACAAACACCAUGGGUAAUGAAUGCCAGUGUGAAAGAGAACAUUGUCUUCGGUCACAGAUGGGACCCACAUUUCUACAACCAGACCGUGAAUGCAUGUGCUCUGGUUGAUGACUUCCGCCAACUACCUGACGGGGAUCAGACCGAAGUCGGAGAACGGGGAAUAUCUCUUUCUGGAGGUCAAAAAGCUCGAGUUGGUCUAGCCAGGGCCGUAUACGCAAGAGCAGACAUAUACCUGCUUGAUGAUGUACUCUCCGCGGUUGACCAGCACGUUGGCAGACAUUUGAUCAACAACGUGCUAGGUCCCGACGGGCUCUUGGCGGGAAAGGCAAGAAUUUUGGCGACAAAUGCCAUUAAUGUACUCAAAGAGGCUGAUUAUAUGUAUCUCAUUAGAAAUGAGACCAUUCAUGAAAAAGGCACCUAUCAGCAGCUCAUGGCAAUGAGGGGAGAAAUUGCUAACCUCAUCAAGUCCACAACUAACGACGAUGGUCAAGAGUCGGACGGCGAAAGAAGUCCAAGCAUUGAAGGUAUGGAAUCCGAUGAAUCUACAACUGCGGUGGCAAGCGGCUUCCAGGAUGAAUUGGAUCCGGAAGAGGCAGAAGAAUCACGCCAAGAGAUAGGCGGCCUUGCACCAAUCCGGGCUGGACCACUGGGACCUUCGACGGCCAGGAAAACUAGCUUCAACACACUUCGGCGAGCUUCUACUGCGAGUUUUCGUGGCCCCAUGGGCCGAACAACAGAUGAGGAAACUGGACUCAAAACCAAGCAGAACAAGGAAACAUCUGAGCAAGGAAAGGUGAAAUGGUCCGUCUACACGACAUACGCUAAGGAGAGUAAUCUUAUUGCUGUGGGGAUAUAUUUCAUUGCGCUGCUGUCCGCUCAAAGUGCUCAGAUUGGCGGCAGCUUUUGGCUCAAACGAUGGUCAGAGAUGAAUGAAGCCACUGGUGCCAACCCACAUGUGGGCAAGUAUAUUGGUAUUUACUUUGCGUUCGGAAUUGGUGCUGCGUUACUUGUCGUGAUCCAGACUCUCCUUCUCUGGAUCUUUUGUUCCAUCGAGGCAUCCAGAAAGUUACAUGACAGGAUGGCAUACGCCAUUUUCCGCUCUCCGAUGAGUUUCUUUGAAACUACCCCAAUCGGCCGCAUCCUCAACCGAUUUUCUAGUGAUAUCUAUCGAGUGGAUGAAGUCAUUGCCCGUACUUUCAAUAUGCUUUUCGUCAAUACUGGCAGGGCGGCUUUCACCAUUGGUGUGAUAGCAGUGACGACCCCCGCUUUCCUUGUUCUUGUUAUCCCCCUCGGCCUGGUCUACAUUGUUUAUCAAAAGUACUACCUUCGAACUUCACGAGAAUUGAAACGACUAGACAGCGUUAGCCGCAGCCCCAUCUAUGCCCACUUUCAGGAGUCUUUGGGUGGCGUCUCAACUAUUCGGGCCUAUCGCCAGCAAGCGCGCUUCACCAUGGAAAAUGAGUGGCGUAUGGACGCUAAUCUUAGAGCGUACUUCCCUUCGGUAAGCGCCAAUAGAUGGCUGGCAGUUCGCCUGGAGUUCAUUGGUUCGGUCAUCAUCCUUGCUGCCGCCACACUCGCCAUUAUCGCUGUUACGACCGGGAGGAAGCUGUCACCAGGGAUGGUGGGUCUUUCGAUGUCAUAUGCUUUGCAAAUCACUCAAUCCUUGAAUUGGAUCGUUCGCCAGACAGUCGAGGUUGAAACCAACAUCGUCUCGGUCGAACGCGUGCUUGAAUAUGCCAACUUGACCAGCGAAGCGCCUGAUGUGAUUUUCAAAAGCCGGCCCAGCAUUGGUUGGCCAGCACACGGCCAGAUUAGUAUCAAAGACUAUUCGACGAGAUAUCGUGAAGGUCUGGACCCCGUAUUGAAAAACAUCUCUCUCAAUAUCAAACCUAGGGAGAAGAUUGGAGUGGUGGGUCGAACUGGAGCGGGGAAGAGCAGUCUAACCAUGGCACUCUUCCGGAUUAUCGAACCGACCUCUGGCCACAUAAGGUACGAACCAAGGACGCAUUUUUACGACCAUCAUUUGGAUGCUUUCCUCAAGGAAAAACCCUUGCUAAUUCAGAUUCAUAGCAUUGACGGGCUGAAUACCUCGACUAUUGGACUGUUGGACCUCCGAAGACGGCUCGCGAUUAUCCCGCAAGAUGCCGCACUAUUCGAAGGCACGAUCCGAGAUAAUCUAGAUCCCCGCCAUGUUCACGAUGACACAGAGUUGUGGAGUGUACUUGAGCAUGCACGGUUGAAGGAUCAUGUUUCGGGUAUGCCCGGCCAAUUGGAUGCCCCGAUACACGAAGCAGGUAAGUGA